AGCUCCCCCCUCCCCCGCAGCCCACGGACCCCCCGAACCCCCCAGCCCCGGGGCUGCCGCGGGGGCCCCCAACGGCCCUCAGCCAAUCCCAAAGCGCCCACGCCGCCCGCGCCCAAUCCCAGCGCGCCGCGCUGAUGACUCAUCAGUCGCCGGGAAGACGCCUCGAAAAAAGGGCCCCAACUGCGCCCUCAGCCAAGCCCAGCGCGCCCCAAACCCCCCAAAACGGCGCCGCCCGGCUGGGUUUGGGCUGUCAGCAGCUGUCCGGCGCUGGGCAUGGAGCGUGUGCGGGGAGCUGGGGCCGUGCUGGCGGUCCUGGUGCUGCUGGGAGCCCCCCCGGCUGCGGGCGAGGAGCUGUCGGGGGUGUUCCAGGAGAUGUCCACGUACGAGUGUCACUUCAUCAAUGGCACCGAGCGGGUGAGGCUUGUGGUGAGGAACAUCUACAACCGGGAGCAGUUCGCUCACUAUGACAGCGAUGUGGGGGUCUAUGUAGGGGACACCCCGUAUGGGGAGAUCCAGGCCAGGUACUGGAACAGUGACCCGGAAAGGAUGGAGCGCAGACGGGCUGAGGUGGACCUGGUCUGCCGGCGCAACUACAAGCUGUUCAGCCCGUUCAGCGUGGAGAGGAGAGGUGAGCGUGGGGCAGAGCGGGUCCCCUCGGCCCCUGCCCCGGGAAUGACCCUGGAGCCCCUCAAACCCUCCGUGGGAAUCACCUCAGACCCCUCAGCCCUCCCUGUGCCCGUCCCUUGGCCUUUUCUCACCUCCCAGUGCCUCCCAGUUCACCCCAGUCUCUCCCAGUGCCCCCACCCCCGUCUCCACCCCGCUGGGGCCACCGAUCUCACGCCCCUCAGCCAAUCCCAGCGCGUCUCUCUGAUGACGCUCCAGUUGCCAG